AUGAAGGGUGGAAGGGGAGAGGGGAGCGAGGAGGAUAGAGGGGUGGGGGACUAUCGGAAAGGAGUAAAGGGAGAGAAGCAGAGGGAGAAGGAGAAUGAGCGAGAGAAUGGGAAAAAGAAGGAGCAGGAGAAGGAGAAGGAGAAGCAGAAGGAUAAGCAGAGGGAGAAGGAGAAUGAGAGAGAGAAUAGGAAAAAGAAGGAGCUGGAGAAAGAGAAGAGGAAGGAGAAGGAAAAAGAGAAGGAGAAGGAGAAGGAGAGGGAGAGGAAGGAGAAGGAGAAGGAGAGGGAGAAGGAGAAGGAAAAGCAGAAGGAGAAGGAGAAGGAGAGAGAGAAGGAGAAGGAGAAGGAGAAGGAGACGAAGAAAGAUAAGGAGAAUUAG